UAAUAUAGAAGAAGAAUGUUGUCAUAUUCGCUUCCUGGUUGAAAAGAUGGCAGCUAAUCAAUCUUUGCGCCAAUUAGUCCCUCCAUCCCUGUCUGCUAAAGUUGAAGGCUCAUUUGCAUAUCUCACAGUGAGAGACAGGUUGCCGACCAUCCUGACAAGAGUCAUUGACACCAUCCAUCGCAACAAAAACAAGUUCUUUGAGGAGUUUGGAGAGGAGGGAGUCCAGGCAGAGAAGAGGACCAUUGGCUUUCUUUCUAAGCUGAGAAAUGAGCUGCUGACAGACAAGCCUGUCCUGGUUCUGUGUGAUGGCCUGGAGGACACAGACAGCUGGAACCAGUACCUCCAGAGACAGCAGAGGCUACUGGGGGAGCGGGACCCCGUCAGCUGGUUCAAGUCCCCCUGGCUCUACAUAGAGUGCUACAUGUACCGCAGGAUACAGGAGGCCAUCUGGCUCAAUCCCCCCAUCAGCGACUUUGAUGUGUUUAAUGAAAGCAAGACGCAGAGUUUCUUUGAGUCCCAGCAGGCUGUGAUAUCCCUGUGUACAUAUCUACAGGGAUUCAACAGGAACAUGGACGACCUCUCAGAGACACAGCUCAUGGAGCAGUUCUACAAACUACUACAGGUGUCUCUGUGGGGCAACAGGUGUGACCUGUCCAUCUCUGCUGGCAUGGAGAACUCUCAGAAGGCCAGUCCCAUUGACUCCCUGUCUGACCUGAAGUCUUUUAUCCUGGUGGACGACUCCAACAUGGUGUGGUCUGCUCUGACCUCUGCCCAGAGACCAGGGGAGGAUGGCAAAACCACCCCAGGGAGGGUGGACAUCGUCCUGGACAACGCUGGCUUCGAGCUGGUCACAGACCUGGUCCUCGCUAACUUCCUGGUGUCCGCUGGUCUGGCCAGGGAGGUCCGCUUCCAUGGCAAGUCCAUCCCCUGGUUUGUCUCCGACGUCACCUCGCACGACUUCCAGUGGACCAUCCGCCAGACCCUGGCCGCCAAUCACAAGUGGAUGUCCAAGAGCGGCGUCCAAUGGCAGAGCUACGUACGGGAGGGCGUGUGGUCCUAUCACGACCACCCGUUCUGGACAAUGCCUCAUGAGUACUGUGACAUGGCGGGCGACGCGCCUGACCUCUACGCGACACUGCAGGGAGCCGACCUGAUUCUGUUUAAAGGAGACCUGAACUACAGGAAGCUGACUGGGGACAGGGAGUGGGAUCACAUGGUGCCGUUUGAUAGGGCACUGAGGGGAUUCGGCCCAGCUCCCCUGUGCAGUCUGAGGACUCUGAAGGCUAACAUCCAGGUGGGGCUCCAGCCGGGGCAGGGGGAGAACCUCAACACCCAGGACCCCAGCUGGAUGACCAGCGGGAAGUACGCUGUGGUCCAGUUCUCCAGCCCUCACAGGGAACAGUAGACCUGUCUGGGACAGGAAAUGACGUCAAUAUGUUCAUAAUAAGUGGUGUCAUCAUAAUCAGAGGAAGUAAGGGCGUGAGCAGGGCCAGUGUACUUGUAACCAUAUGCCAGGUUAGAGGUGUAGUUUGUUUUGUCGUAGAACUACCUAAUGUAUUUAAAUGAGGAGAGGGGUUUAAAGGAGGAUGAUAGAGGAUACUUUAAAAGAGGAGGGUAGUUAAAUAGGGAGUGGCUGCAGAUCCAACUUCUCUGGACCCGUCGUCCCGACAGAUAAAGGUUGGAAGCUUCUGUGAAUGUGUGGUAAUCUCUACUUUACACACCGUCUCUGUUCUAUUUGUUCAGCUGCCCAGAGAAGAAGCUACUCUGGCGAAAGGUGCUUGUUUAAUAAGGUUAGAUCAAACUUGAAUCAUUGUAAGAUUACAUAAAGAUAAUAUUCUACAUAACCAAAUAAAAUAGCAUAGUAUAACAUUACUGUAUGACAAAAAACACCUAAUUCCUUAUUUUUUAGGAUGGUUGUGCUCAUCGUCACAUUUUUCUCUCAUGCGUUCUAAACUCAACAGUGCACGCCACUCAGCAAAGGUAUGCUACAGUUUAAUACCAUCUGCAAAGAAAUGUGCUCAAGGUACAUAACUAAUUCAAAACACUGUAGCCUACUUCAAAACAACACUGUAGCCUACACUCAAUAAUAUUUAAAUGCAUAUGCCCAUGAAACUGAUUGCAAAUGGUUGGCGUGCAGAUUCUGAAUGGAUGUUUCACAGGUAAAACUUGGAAGAAUUAUCAUUCACGAUUGACAGUGAGAAAUGCGAAGGGAGGGUGACCAAAAGUUUGGGUGUGCGAGUUAAAGAAACACAUGCACAGAACGUGAGUGGGAUCUUCAGCUCUGGGGAAAGGGAUCCAGUGGGAUCUUCAGCUCUGGGGAAAGGGAUCCAGUGGGAUCUUCAGCUCUGGGGAAAGGGAUCCAGUGGGAUCUUCAGCUCUGGGGAAAGGGAUCCAGUGGGAUCUUCAGCUCUGGGGAAAGGGAUCCAGUGGGAUCUUCAGCUCUGGGGAAAGGGAUCCAGUGGGAUCUUCAGCUCUGGGGAAAGGGAUCCAGUGGGAUCUUCAACUCUGGGGAAAGGGAUCCAGUGGGAUCUUCAGCUCUGGGGAAAGGGAUCCAGUGGGAUCUUCAACUCUGGGGAAAGGGAUCCAGUGGGAUCUUCAGCUCUGGGGAAAGGGAUCCAGUGGGAUGGGGCUGUGACCUCUGGAUCCCCAGCCUCUGCCAUUUAAAUAAUGAUCAACUGCUGGUUAGCAAUCCAUCCUGGCAUAACUACAAAACAAUGACGUUUACUUCUCCCAUUUAACAAAUGUGUUGACGGUUGUUUACCAUCAUUCAGUACUAGGGUCGGGCUCUACCUCCAUUCCAGUUCAAAUCAGUUCAUUUAGACGCAUUGAAAUUCCAAGUCAUGAAUUGAAACAUGCUUAUCUGAUCUUAAGUGACUUUUUCCCAGCCAUAUUAUGUAAUUUAUGUCAUGUUUUUGUCUCCCCAAAAGCGACUACACAAAAUAUAGAUUUGAGACACAUUUCAUUCAUAAUCAGAGGCAAUAAGAUGCAAGGUGCAAUUUGAACAUUUACAUGUUAAGUUGGCCUGUCGUGAAUAGUUUAGAAUUGUUAUUUUAAGUUGAGACCUUAUUUAACACCCAAAGCCAGCGGCUAUUUUUUAGCCAUUUAUUUUGCAUGAGCUUGGCAAGACAUCACAGAGUAACUUGUGGUUGCUGGUAUUUUCUGGGUCUUAAUCAACGUCAUCAGUUUGUCUUGUCAAUUUAUUGCAUGCGUUUUUGUUUGCAUACAUGUUUGCACAGUGACCACAGUCCCGGAGUUUACAUUUUCAUAGUUAAAUAACUGAAGUUGAACUACAAGGUAAUGUUCCCACUCUGGGAAACUAUAGAUAAAUCAUAGUCUUUAGGGCAGUGCAAUCACACGUACAAGGUGUGUGUUGUUAAAAGAAUAGCACUAACACCUGUCUAAUGAUGUAUUUCUGUUUGUUUGAUAGUACAAAAUGUUAUUUACGACUCAUUAGAAUGCCUCUGUAACCAGUGCUGGUGCCGUUGUGAUCAUAAAUUACUGGAUUGUUCUCUUUGCAGAAAUCUGGAACAAAAAUGGUUAUAUUAUGACGGACUUGGUUUAAAUAAAGAACUUCAAUGACUGGUCUUAUCUCA